UGGAGCCUGCUCCGGUUUCUGUGACUCCCCCUCUCUGUGUGUCUCCCCUCCCCUGCUCACCCUUUCUCCCUCUCUCUCAGAAAUAAACAUUUAAAAAUUAAAAAACAAAAACCCCGCCCGCCCACUCCUGCAAAACAGGCACACUGCCCACCAUGAUACAGGUGUGCAAAAUGGUAGAAUUCCCACAGUGGGGAGUUUUGUGGUAUCUACCAAAUUAUCCAUUCAGCUGCCUCUUGACCCAGCAGUUCUAUUUCUGGGAAUUUACAACCAUGCAAUGGUAUUGAGAGCACCAUUGUUGACAAUGGAAGACUGGAAACCCCCAGUGUUCAUCAAUGGGACUGUGAGUAGAUAAAACUUGGUCCGCCCACAUAGUGGAAUAGAAUGCAUCCAUUUAAAAAAUGGGGAAGCUUUCCAGGGACGAGGUAAUUCCAGUCUCCAGAAUGUUUUUAAGUGAAAAAAAAAAAAAAAUGAAAUUCUAGGGCACCCGUGUUCCCCCGGAGAGUGCCGCAGUCACUGUGGCAGAGGCCAGCCUCUCAGGAGGCCUCAGCAUGGGGAGGUGGGAAGAGGACACUCAGACCACUCCGGGACUUGAGACCUGCAGAGACUCUGGCCACGCGGCGUAGGCUGCUGGGGGCUCGAAUCUGCCGACUCCAAACUUCCCACCACUUUCCAGCCUGGUCAAGAGCCAACUCCUCUCUUUGUGAAGGAGCAAAUUAUCCCAAGUGAGGUUAGUGGGAAGGGAGGAGAGACAAAAGGAGGGAGGGACCGGGCCGAGGGUCAGCAACUGACCCUCCACCCAACCGCAAGGGCCGCAGCUGGGAGCCUAGAGGGCCAUUAAGGCACCCCCAGCCCCGACAUCUCUCCAGACUCCCUUCAAGCCCUACCCGGGAUUGCUGUGGUUUUCCGCUGGCGCCUCUGGCCUCCACAGCCACGCCCCUCCCCCCCAACACGCUGCACUAAUGGCUCAGCCUGGGGCCCCAGGGACCUUCCCUGCCCCCCAGACUGCUCUGCGGGCCCCCUUGCCCCCUCACUGCUGAAACCCAAUCCUCUGCGGCAGCCCUGGCUCCGCAGAGCAGCCUCCAGCAGAGCGGCCCCUGCCUCCCAACUCGGCUGCGCCCUACCUGGCCUCUCCUGCCGAGCCCCCGGCCCAGCGCUGAGCCUAGUGGAGCCCCGGCUGGUUCCUUCGAGACAGCCGAGCCGAACCUGCCUGGCCAGUGCCUUCCCGCUUCUUGGUUUGGACCCCUCUCCCCACUCUCUCCUCCCCUCUCCUUCCCUGCAGUGACCCCUGCCCGGCCCCCCAAAUCCUCAGUCCCUCCCAGUCCUCGGACUGACCCUCUUUCCUCUCUCCAAGUCCCUGCAGCCUGAUCGCCAAUCCCCAGCCCUCUCAGUGUCCCCCACCCUGGACCUCAGCCAUGAAGCCCCAUCCUGGGCCAGAGGAGGCCCGGCGGCCAGCUUCGGACAUCCGCGUGUUCGCCAGCAGCUGCACGAUGCAUGGGCUGGGCCACGUCUUCGGCCCUGGGGGCCUGACGCCUCGCCGAGGGCUCUGGGCCGCAGCCGUGCUCCUGUCGCUGGCCGCCUUCCUCUACCAGGUGGCUGAGAGGGUGCGCUACUACGGGGAGUUCCACCAUGAGACAGCCCUGGACGAGCGCGAAAGCCACCGGCUCACCUUCCCCGCCAUCACCCUGUGCAACAUCAACCCACUGCGCCGCUCACGCCUCACGCCCAACGACCUGCACUGGGCUGGGCCCGCGCUGCUGGGCGUGGAGCCCGCUGAGCAUGCCGCCUUCCUGCGCGCCCUGGGCCGGCCCCCCGCGCCCCCCGGCUUCAUGCCCAGUCCCACCUUCGACAUGGCUCGACUGUACGCCAGGGCCGGACACGCCCUGGAGGAAAUGCUGCUGGAUUGCCGCUACCGAGGCUGGCCGUGCGGUCCUGAGAACUUCACCGUGAUCUUCACCCGGAUGGGUCAGUGCUACACCUUUAACUCCGGCGCGGAUGGGGCAGAGCUGCUCACCACUCCCAAGGGCGGCAUGGGCAACGGGCUGGAGAUCAUGCUGGAUGUGCAGCAGGAUGAGUAUCUGCCCGUGUGGAGGGACAUGGAGGAGACCCCGUUCGAGGUGGGGGUCCGAGUGCAGAUCCACAGCCAGGAGGAGCCGCCCACCAUCGACCAGCUGGGCUUCGGGGCAGCCCCCGGCUACCAGACCUUCGUGUCCUGCCAGCAACAGCGACUGAGCUUCCUGCCACCACCCUGGGGUGACUGCAGCUCCGCACCUCUGGACCCCGACUUUGAGCCGGAACCUUCUGGUCCCCUAGGUCCUCCCAGCCCCAGCCCAGGCCCCCAAGCCCCCUAUAGUCUGAUGGGGUGUCGCCUGGCCUGUGAGGCCCGCUAUGUGGCUCGGAAGUGUGGCUGCCGAAUGAUGCAUAUGCCAGGCGGGGCGCCAGUGUGCAGCCCCCAGCAAUACAAGGACUGCGCGGACCCGGCGCUGGACGCCAUGCUGCGGAAGGACGCGUGCACCUGCCCCAACCCCUGCGCCAGCACGCGCUACGCCAAGGAGCUCUCCAUGGUGCGGAUCCCGAGCCGCGCCGCCGCCCGCUACCUGGCCCGGAAACACAACCGCAGCGAGGCCUACAUCGUAGAGAACGUGCUCGUGCUGGACAUCUUCUUUGAGGCCCUCAACUAUGAGACCGUGGAGCAGAAAAAGGCCUAUGAAGUGUCAGAACUGCUCGGCGACAUUGGGGGCCAGAUGGGGCUGUUCAUCGGGGCCAGCCUGCUCACCAUCCUUGAGAUCCUGGACUACCUCUGUGAGGUGUUCCAAGACAGGGUCCUGGGAUACUUCUGGAACCGGAAGCACUCCCAAAGGCACUCUAGCACCAAUCUGCUUCAGGAAGGGCUGGGCAGCCAUGGAACCCAAGUUCCCCACCUCAGCCUGGGCCCCAGGCCCCCCACCCCUCCCUGUGCCGUCACCAAGACUCUGUCUGCCUCCCACCGCACCUGCUACCUCGUCACACGGCUCUAGACCUGGCAUCUGUGUCUUCUGGGCUGCACCCUGACAUCUUGGACGGGCCCAGCCUGCACAUGUCUCUGCCCUCUUCACCCCAAAUAAAGUUCUAAUGCGUCA